AUGACACGCGUGAGUCUCGAUGAUAAUGCUACGACGCCUGUGGAGCCCGCCGUAAUGCAGGCAUUACUGCCAUAUUUUGGUCCACAAUUUGGCAAUGCGUCUUCAACUUAUGCACUUGGACAAAACGCUAAGAAAGCGGUGGAGAUGGCACGUACCCAAGUGGCAUCAAUGUUGGGCGCCUCUGACUCGAAUGAAAUUGUCUUUCUUUCAGGUGGUACCGAGUCAAUUAAUUAUGCAAUCAAAGGGUCAGCACUUGCAGCAAAACGUACGAGUGGACGUAACCACAUUGUCACGUCUAGCGUCGAGCAUGUGGCGGUGCUGGAGACGUGUAAAUGGUUGGAGACACAGGGAUUCCAAGUCACAUACCUGCCUGUAAAUAACUUUGGCUCAAUUUCUCGAGCAGUGCGACAAUUCGUCGUGGACGAGGAGAAUCGGCUACCUAUUGUCGUGCAUACAGACGCCAGUCAAGCGAUUGGUAAAGUGCGUGUGAAUGUCGUGGAGCUUGACGUGGAUUUGGUGACAAUGGCGGGCCACAAAUUCUAUGCGCCAAAGGGUGUCGGCGCUCUCUACGUCCGUAAAAGCAUGGUACUGGACACGAUAAUUCACGGAGCGUCGCAGGAGAACGGACGUCGUGGUGGUACAGAGAAUGUGGGACUAGUGGCGGCACUGGGCCAGGCUUGUGCGCUUGUAGAGAAGAACUUGCACGAGUACGCUGUCAUCAUGCAAGAGAGCAGGGCGUUCCUCCUCAAGCAGAGCCAGAAGCACUGCAGUCUUACGAAUGUUAGCUACCAGGUAAACGGCCACCCAGAACUUUCUCUGCCUAACACGCUCAGCAUUAGCUUUGAAAACAUUGACGCAUCGCGUCUCCUCGACUUGAUAGAGGCCGACGGCGUCUAUGCAAGUGCAGGAUCAGCGUGUCAUAGCCACAAGCAAGACAGGACUACCGAACAGGAAAAGAACCUAGACCGCGACGGGAAACACAUUACUACCAUUUCGCACGUGCUAGCUGCCAUGCACGUGGCUCCUGAGUUUGCCAAAGGCACACUGCGCUUGUCUGUGGGUCGCUCUACCACGCAGGAAGAGGUACUACACGCUGCUAACGCGAUUCACAAGGCCAUCCAGCAACUGCUGUAG